AUGAUAGAAUCAGCAAAAAAUGAAUUUACACAAUUAUCGGUUUUAAAUCAAGUUCAAAGAAAUUCUGACCAAAAAGAAGUAUGUGUUGACAAUGUUAUCAAUGACCAUAAUAUACAUUGUUUUAGUUGCAACAAUGAUGAAGAUUUAGAAACUGAAACCACUGUUAUAACAUCGGCGUUUACGGUUGUUCCUGAUGAACCAGAAGAUGUUCCAAUCCCAACUAUCAAAAAACAGACACAUAAAAAGGCACAAAAUCUUUCUGCUGCCGAGUUUGAUGAUGGACUAUUUAGAAAAACAAGUUUAUUACCAGCAACUACUUGGCCUUGGUAUAAAUUAAUAUCGGCUAUUAAAUUGUUUACUUUCCCACCCGGUGUAAAUCGAUUUAAUAGAAAGCGUUUUUCGGAAUGUAUAGAUGUGUUGUUUGAUUAUUACUUGCAUUCGAAAUAUUGUACAAAGUAUGAAAAAGAAUCAUUUGAAUUGUUCCAAAAAAGAAUUGUAGCAUUUGAGAUCACUUGUAUAAAUAUUGAAGCUAGGUUAUCCGAGUCACAAAUUAAUGCAGUUAGUGAUGAUUUAUUUGUCUUUCUUAAAGUUUACAAUCCAAGUCUGUUAGACAAAAUCAAUUAUCUCGGUAUCAGUAGCCGUAAUUCAUUCAGAGUAGCAACAGAUUUUAAUGUGUUGGCAAAAUCCGCAUUUCUAUGUGAAAUCAUAGACCGCGACUGUAUGGCUUUAUCGGGUGAUAGCUCGAGCAAAAAUGAUGAAGAAAAAUAUGUGAUAUUAGUAAGAAUGUGUAAAGGAAGAACAUUCAAAACCUUUCCUUUGGUAACACAAAUAAAAUGUGGUGGUUCUUCUGCUCAAGAAAUUGCAGAUUGGCUCUUUUCGGAAUCGAAUCUACUCAUUUCAAAUUUUCCAUUUGAAAGAAUUGUAAAUAGUUGUUGGGAUGGUGCAUUGAAUGUUCAAAAUUCGAUACAAUUUUUCAAUGAUAUAUUAACAGCUUAUAAAGCAGCACCAAAAGAUUUGGUCAGUUGGUUUAACAGCUCCAAUUGGUGUUUUGCACAUUUAACUGCACUUGUUGGUGUUAGUAUGAUGAAAAGCGCAGAGGGUGAAUUAAUUGUUUUAUUCACUAAGUUUUGCUGCCAAAAGAACAACCGUUUGGCUUUAGAAAAAUUCAAAGAGGAUAGCGCGUUGUAUGAUGAUUAUGGAAAGUUAAAAGCAGUUGCAGAAACAAGAUUCCUCUCAAUAUCCGACAAUAUUGAAGGCAUCUGCAAACAAAUUAAACCGGUCAGUGAAUAUAUUAAUGAAAAAGUGGAGAAUUGA